AUGAUUUUAAUAAAAAAUCUACGAAAUUUUAAACCAAAUCGCAUACAAACGGUGGUAACCAGAAACCUAAGUGUAACUGUACGAUUAAAUGAGAAUCAGAGCAGCUCGCAUACAGCUACCGAACAUUAUGAUAUAAUCAUUGGUGGAGGUGGCCUGGUGGGUACCGCUUUGGCUGCUGCUCUCUCAAAAAAUAAAACAUUGGCUGACAAAAAGGUACUCCUGUUGGAAGGAGCACCACCAUUUAAAGGUUUCGAUGUCAGCAAACCCUAUGGCAAUCGUGUAUCGGCAAUCAACAAGAAAACCAUUGCCCUAUUCGAAUCGAUUGGUAUUUGGGAGCGAAUGACAAAUGCCCGUGUUAAGCCGGUUAAACAAAUGCAAGUUUGGGAUGCCAAUAGUGAUGCUUUGAUAAAUUUCCAACAUGAACACUUUGCCGAUGAUGUUGCCUGCAUUGUGGAAAAUGAUUUAAUGUUGGAUUCGAUUUAUAAUCAAUUGAAUGAAAAUGCACCAAAUGUUAUGGUACGUAAUCUAUCGAGAAUAGCUGAUGUGAAGUUACCCUCCAAAACAGGCAAGUCAUGUUCCGAGGUAACAUUACAAGGUGGCGAGAAGUUUUCAUGUGAAUUAUUGGUCGGAGCAGAUGGUGCCAAUUCGUUGGUGCGUAAAGAAAUGGAUGUCGAUGUAUUCUCCAUGGAUUAUAAACGUAUGGGUUUGGUUGCCACAUUAGAAUUGAGUGAGUCCGGUGAUAACUCUGUGGCAUGGCAACGUUUUAUACCCACAGGACCUGUUGCUCUUCUACCUCUAACCGAUAAAUUAAGUUCCCUGGUAUGGAGUACCACUGUACCACAUGCAAAAGAGUUGUUGAGCAUGUCUCCAGAACAAUUUGUGGAUGCUUUGAAUGAAGCAUUUUGCAAAGAAUUCCCAAAAAGUGAUGUUGCUGUAAAAGCUUUGGAUGUUCUCAACUCGAUGUUGGGUCAGAACACUAAUACCCUACGCCAAUAUCCACCACGUGUAGCUGGUGUUAUGGACAAAUCAAGGGCAACAUUUCCAUUGGGAUUCUUGCAUGCAUCGUCGUAUGUACGCCCUGGAGCUGCCUUAAUAGGAGAUGCUGCACAUCGUGUCCACCCCUUGGCAGGGCAGGGUGUCAAUCUUGGUUUCAGUGAUGUCUCAUUUUUGGUUGAGGCAUUAGCCGAGGGUGUAUACUCGGGUGCCAAAUUGGGUGAUAUGCAAUAUCUUACGAAAUACGAACAACGAGCUUUAACGAAGAAUGUUCCAAUUAUUGUUGGCAUACAUGGUUUACAUACACUGUAUACGACAACAUUUAGUCCUGUUGUCUUGCUCAGAAGUUUGGGUCUACAAUUGACUAAUAAUUUACCACAAAUUAAAGAUAUAUUUAUGAAGAGAGCAAUGGGUUAA